CCUCUCCUCCGUUCCCAGUCUGUGUGCCAGCUGCAUCUUGUGCGGCUGUUUCGGCCAUGGAUUCAGCCGCGAAACCUGUCUGACACCAAGCUAAUAACCCAUAGCUGAUAAAAGAAGCUGUAACCUAACCGGUCACAUAUUAGGAUCCGACCUUCUGAUCAGUGAAUGAAUAGAGGGAAAUAAGGCAUCUGGAAAAGUUGUCGGACUGCAAGCGGGAUGGCUGUUGACGGCCUGUGGGACAGCACAGAGGUGGUGGAGAUGGACGACGUUCCGUCGCAGUUCUUCGUGGAGAAACACUCUUGGGAGGGCCUUCGUGACAUCAUCCACUGUAGCAGGAAAUACUCGGGUAUGAUCGCCAACAAAGCCCCCCAUGACUUCCAGUUUGUGCGGAAGGCGGAUGAGAAUGGGCCCCACUCCCACCGGUUGUACUACCUAGGAAUGCCUUAUGGAAGCAGAGAGAACUCAUUACUCUACUCAGAAAUCCCUAAGAAAGUCCGCAAAGAGGCCCUUUUAGUGUUGUCUUGGAAGCAGAUGCUGGAUCACUUUCAGGCCACGCCGCACCAAGGGGCUUACUCUCGAGAGGAGGAGCUGCUAAGAGAACGUAAACGUUUGGGAGCGUUUGGAAUCACCUCCUAUGACUACCAUGACAAGACGGGCCUGUUCCUCUUCCAGGCCAGCAACAGUCUCUUCUACUGUCAAGAUGGCGGCAGUAACGGCUUCAUUCAGUCUGCCCCGGUCAAACCUGUGGAGAUAAAGAGCCAUUGCUCAGGCACCCGGAUGGACCCCAAGAUCUGCCCCGGACACCCCGAUUUCAUAGCCUUCAUUAACAACAACGACCUGUGGAUCGCCAACAUCAAGACAGGAGAGGAACGGAGACUGACAUACUGCCACAAAGGUUUAGACAAUGUGAAGGAGGACCCAAAGUCUGCAGGUGUAGCAACAUUCGUCAUCCAGGAGGAGUUUGACCGAUUUACUGGUUACUGGUGGAGUCCCUCCGCAGCAGAAGAUCCUGAUGGAGGUAGAACGUUACACCUUCUAUAUGAGGAGGUGGACGAGACGGAAGUAGAAAUUAUUCACGUUCCAUCUCCAGCACUGGAGGAGCGUAAAGCAGAUGCGUACCGAUAUCCUCGCACUGGUAGUAAAAAUCCCCAGGCUACACUUAAACUGGCAGAGAUCAGGACGGACCAUCGAGGAAAAAUCAUUAGCGCCCAAGAUAAGGAGCUGGUCGUCCCAUUUAACGACUUGUUCCCUGGGACGGAAUACAUCGCCAGAGCAGGAUGGACGAUAGAUGGAAAAUACGGUUGGGCGGUGCUGUUGGACCGCAGCCAGAGGAAACUGCAGCUCGUUCUGCUGCCUCCAGCCCUUUUCAUCCCCGUUACUGAAGACUCUGCGCUGAGGCAGGAGAGCCUGGAGGCCGUUCCCUCUUGCGUUCAGCCGUUCAUCAUUUAUGAAGAGACCACCGACGUGUGGAUAAAUGUUCAUGAUAUAUUCUACCCCUUUAUUCAAACAACAGAGGAUGAGUUUACUUUCAUUUGGGUAAAUGAGUCUAAAACAGGCUUCAGCCACCUCUAUAAAAUCACAUCACUGCUGCAGCCCGGCUGCUACCGCUGGACAGACGGAUACCAGCAUGUAGAGGGAAACUUUAAAUGUACGGUGAAGGAGGAGGUAACAUUGACCAGCGGCGAAUGGGAAGUUCUGGCCAGACACGGUUCAAAGAUCUGGGUGAACGAGGGAACCAAGUUGGUGUACUUCCAGGGCACCAGGGACACGCCUCUGGAGCACCACCUGUACGUGGUCAGCUACGAGUCGCCAGGCGAUGUGGUCAGGCUAACGAAGCCUGGAUUCUCCCACAGCUGCUCCGUUAGUCAGAACUUCGACUUUUUUGUGAGCCACUACAGUAACGUGAGCACGCCUCCUUGUGUUCACUUAUACAAGCUGACCAGCACAGAGGAUGACCCGCUGCGAGUGGUUCCGGAGUUUUGGGCGAGCUUGAUGGAGCCACCAAGUUGCCCCGGAGAGUACAACCCACCGGAGAUUUUUGACUUUCCCGGGAAGUCGGGCUUCCAGCUGUACGGCAUGGUGUACAAACCUCACAACCUGCAGCCCGGCAGGAAACACCCAACUGUGCUGUUUGUGUACGGCGGCCCGCAGGUGCAGCUGGUUAACAACUCCUUCAAGGGGAUGAAGUACCUCCGUCUCAACACGCUGGCGUCUCUUGGCUACGCCGUGGUCGUCAUUGAUGGGAGGGGCUCCUGUCAGAGGGGCCUGGAAUUUGAGGGUGCACUGAAAAACAAAAUGGGUCAGGUGGAGAUAGAGGACCAGGUGGAGGGUCUGCAGUACGUGGCUGAGAAGUUUAACUUUGUGGACCUGAGUCGCGUGGCCAUUCAUGGUUGGUCCUACGGUGGUUUCCUCUCGCUUAUGGGCCUCAUCCAGCGACCCAACAUCUUCAAGCUGGCUGUGGCCGGCGCCCCGGUGACGGUGUGGAUGGCCUACGACACGGGCUACACGGAGCGCUACAUGGACGUGCCUGAGAACAACCAGCAGGGCUACGAGGAGGGAUCCGUGGCUCUGCACGUGGACAAGCUGCCAAGCGAGCCCAAUCGUUUGCUGAUCCUCCACGGCUUCUUAGAUGAGAAUGUGCACUUUUUCCACACCAAUUUCCUGGUGUCACAGAUAAUCCGAGCUGGAAAGCCCUACCAGCUCCAGGUUUACCCCAACGAGCGGCACAGUAUUCGCUGCCCCGAAUCCGGAGAGCACUACGAGAUAAUGCUGCUGCACUUUUUACAACAAUACCUCUGAAAUGAGUCUCCUGGGCAGAGUGCCGAGUCAUUUCUCCCCCCCGCCCCCGAUUCUUCAGCUCUGUCCCAUCUCCAGUUCGUCACCCCGUCGUCAGACGCCUGGCAGCCGUGUCUGUCAUGUAAUUUCGCUCUACAGCUCUCUGUUUUGUUUUCUUUGCUUUCUUCGUCUUCCCGCCAUAAACUCUCCUCCUGUGCCAGUUGGAGUGAACUUUUAGUGCAGGACAAA